AUGAACGACAAAAUCAACAUCUUGCGCUCGCCCACCAAGCCGCCCAACGGGGUGCGCCAGCGCUCCGUCUACACCAACAACCCAUCGCCGCAAGCAAGCUUGCGUGUCGGCAUGACUGGGGGGCAGCUGUCCCAACGCAUGAGCAACAUCUCGCUGUCCUCCGGCACGGACUCCGUGGGCCACAUGGAUCGCGGCAGCAGCUCCACGGCAUUUCCAAGGAGUGCGCCAAUUACCCCGUCGGCAGUCAGUCGGCCCGUCCAUACGUCCAACUGCCGGGCAUACACCUAUGGCUUCGACAACGAGCAGAACUACUGCCUGUUGCCGUCUCCAAUGCCCCCUCCACCAUACGCCUUGGCACGCGUGAGCAGCACACGCAACUUCGAGCUCGAGAACCACACACCGCCGGCAUGUCCCGGCUCUGGACCCAUUGCCAUGACGAACGGCACCAUCCAGUUGCGCCUCCGCUAUGGCGUGCGAAUUGACAUGACUCUGGACAAGGCGGUGCGCGUGCUCAAUCAGCGCAGCAUGGUGGCAGUUGCUCUAUCACGCAACUGCAGCAACUCGGCUUUGAUCCACCCCAAUGGACGCAUCUUGCAGAGCGGCGCUAAAGUCGAAAUAGUCACCUACGACGGCAUGAAGGGCAAUAACUUUGUUCGCUAUGCCAAGAUGUGGUACAAGGGUGUGAGCUUCACCAGCGAGGCGUGCGCUCUCAUCUACCUGGUGGACACAGCCGGGACGCGCACCACAACCGACACUUUCACCGAUCUGACCAAGGACUACACCCUGGCAGUGUUCUAUGACGACUCGCGCCAUGGUCCCUCUUAUAUGGCUGAAGCCCAUGACGUGAUUGCCAAUUCAGCUUAUACCUGUACCGAUGAUGGCACUGAGAUCUAUGACAUAAACGGAUUUCGCAUCACCCAGGCAGUCGAUGGCCUGGUGAAGGUCACUCGUGUGGACAACAAGUGCUUGAUUCGCACCAGUCCCGGCAAUGGAUCGGCCACUUUGACCACACCUGGCAUCCAUUGCACUGCCUCUCUGGGCAAGACCUCGCAUCUGUGUUCGUCGUAAUGAGAAGCGCAUGCACUUCGAUGGAUCCUGUUUCAUUGUACGCAACGCCAGACACUCCGCCGGCUUCAAUGAGAACAACCUGCUCAUUGUCUACUGAGCGGCGUUCGUAGUCCGGAGAUAGAAGCGGCGCAGUGGUAGCCCAUCCCACACGCACACACUCACACAUGUCAACACAUUUCACCUGGAACACAUACAUAGACACCUACAGCAGCACACUUGA